GUCUCCGGCUUCACGCUGCGGAGAACAGCUUCUACAACAUCUCUCAUCGCCAACAACGGAGAGCACCUUCCCUCGCUUCCGUCACGAACACGAACAGGCCGCCGUCCUUUCUGAUCUGCUCUAAUCACCCAGUCUUUCAUGGCAUACAAAACCUUUUGUCAGAUCAAUACUUCCAGUAGAGGAAAGGAAUUAACAAUCAAGGCAAGAGUGUCGAGACUAUGGGAUUCCAUAUUGAUCAGUAAUGGUGAAAUACUUAGUCUAGACAUGGUGCUUAUUGAUGAAGAGGGGACAAUGUUGCAUGGAGUUAUCAAUAAGGCAUAUAUCGAAAAGUUAAGGUCAUUUAUUCAAGAAGGCAAUGUGUACCUCAUUAAAAACGUGAGAGUCAUUCCAGCAGCAGCAAAAUUUCGACCUGUACAAAAUGAGAUGAUGAUUAACUUCUCACCCACAACAAAUAUAGAGGAGAUUAAAGAUAAUGAAGACAUUCCAAAGCAUGGUUUCAACUUUUCAAGCAUGGAGGAACUCUCCCAAAGAGUAAACAUUGACACUUAUCUCUCAGAUGUUAUUGGAGUUGCAACACACAUAGGACCAAUUGAAGAAACUAGAACAUAUCUUGGGCUCUCCAGAAUCCGUGAUAUCUUCCUUCUAAUCGAAGACCAGGAAGUCAAAGUUAGAUUAUGGGGUGAUAAAGCUGAUCUAAUUGAUGUGAAGUCAAUAGGGAAUGUCAUUAUAAUUACAUCAACAACAGUGAGAAAAUUUGGCAGAUAUUCUCUAUCGUCAAAUAGUGCAACUCAAGUUUUUAUAAAUUUAGAUAUUCCCGAGACUAUGGAUGUGCAAAACAGCAUUUGUUCCAAGGAAAAGAUUAUCAAAGAACUACAUGUUGAGGAGAACCAUCUAAAAGGGACACUGGAAGAGCAAAUGCACUACAAUAGAAAAACUUUAGAAGAGUUAAAUGGCAUUCUGUUAGACUCAUCAAAUCAGGGAAGGAUAUUUACCGUGGAAGCAGUAAUUAAUGAUGUUAAUACAAGAUAUGGUUGGUACUACAUAUCAUGCAGCGAAAAUAAUUGCAAGAAGCUACUUGAAAAGAGAAUUGAUUACUACUAUUGUACCAAAUGCGAUAGGAAAGCUCAACCCAAACCACGAUAUAAGAUUAAGCUUCAAAUCAGUGAUUCAACAGCAUCUGCAUCUUGCGUACUUUUUGAAAAAGAAGCUCAACAAUUAAUUCAUGAGUCGGCAGAAAACAUGGUUGCGUCAAUUGGUAAUGAAAGUGAUGAGCUUCCAAAACCAAUCCAAGAGAUUUGUGGUCAGACUGUAAUUUUUCAGUUUAGAUUGACAGACUACAAUUUCACCAGUUGUAGACCAGACUACACAGUCUCAAGACUAUUCUUUCUGGACACGAGUAGUUCAUCUAUGAAGAGUGACAGCAAUGAAACGAGUAAGUCGAAGAAUUUCCCAAAAGAUGGUGUCACUAAACCUGAGCCAGAUGAAGAGAGUCGAUCUGUUCAGAUACAUGAUAGAAAUAAUGAUGAAAGAUGCAAAAAUAAAAGCACGAGUAGGAGAAAGCUGAAACGCUAUGAAGAUUCUGGCGAACAGAGAACUAUGGCACUUGAUACUCCAAAAGAUGAUGAAGGUAACUUGAAGAAAAUUCCAAAAGGUGUCAUCAUUAAAAAGGAACCAAUAGAAGAUAUUGAAGAUGAUAUACACAAAGGCAGUGGUGAUGAUGAAGAAGAAUACAAAGUGAUACGAAGGAGUACAAGAAUCAAGAGACAGUAUGUUGUUCUUGAUGACGAUGAAGACUCAGAAGAGAAAUUGAACGCCCCAAAAAAGCGCGAAAGCACAGCAUAUCACAACGGGGGAGGAAGAAAUAAUUUGUAAUAUUUGGAAUUUGAUUGUUACAAUACAAACUAUGGAUCUUUCAUACUUGACGACACGGAUAGUACUAUGUUACAUUUUCAUAUUUGUUCUAUCAUGUUAUAUAACUGAAUGUUCCUGCAUAUACUCCCUGGCCA